GCAAGGAAAUGGAUACUGUUUAAAGGUAACCGCAAACUGAUGCAAUUCAUCAAAAAAGGCCGUUUCGAAAACCCGGAUGACGACUCGACAGACGAAGUGAAAGUUCAACUCGCAAACCAUAGUGCCAGGCUGGAGAAGCAGUCUCAGCUCCUGCAGACAGCUUUGGAGACUAUUCAGCAUCUGGCUGAGAGACUGGAAACUCAGACAACUAAGUCAUCCCUGGGUCCCUUCUCGCCCCUCGUCGUGGACCAACCAGCACGAUUCAAACAACACAAACUGUGAACCCAAUUUGACGGGAGUGUUCACCAUGCCUACUGAUUUUCAAGAACAUCGCUUGUGUCCCUCGAGAUAAAAAUCACUUCACUGCUUAAUUAAAAGAGCAGGUGGUUCAACCCCUUACCCGCCAGUCCUGUUUUACAAAAUUAUCAAGAGCCCAAUACAGUUUAAGACAAGGACGUUAUGGGGAGAAUGGCAAAUAAUGCUGAGGACAUCUGUGUUCGAAACUUGCAUCGUUCUUUUUUUUAAAGGUAAAAAACUCACAUCGCCUUCACUAGUUCUAAACCUGAAGAUUAUGUCGAAGCUGUGUCUUGGCGACUCCGUCAAGGGUGACUUCAGAUGUCUUGUGAUGUGAAUUUCUCUCACAUAAAAAGUAACAGUUUUAUUCUGACUGGUAUUAAAGAAAAGAAUCAAUCCAAAA